AUGGAUAAGGGUUUGUUAAAUGGAGUGAUUUUUUUGGAUCUCAAGAAAGCGUUUGACUGUGUUGAUCAUAAUAUAUUGUUAAAAAAAAUGCAUUGUUAUGGAAUAAGAGGUCAUACGCUUGCUUGGUUCCAGUCCUAUCUUUCUAGCAGGAUUCAAAUAUGUAAGGUAGAUCAAACAAUGUCCAAGACAAGAACAGUUAAAUGUGGAAUACCCCAAGGUUCUAAUCUUGGGCCACUUCUUUUCUUAUUAUAUAUAAACGACCUGCCAAACUGCCUGACCUCAUCUUCAGCAAGCAUGUUUGCCGAUGACACAAAUGUUUCAACCAAUGGCAAAACAAAUGACGAACUACAAGAACGCAUUAACGUGGACUUAGAAAAUAUACACCAAUGGUUACUUGCAAACAAACUUACACUUAACAAAGAUAAAACUGAAUACAUGAUUAUUGGUUCAAGACAACGAAUUUCAAACUUAGUACUAACGGACCCUAAAAUUGAGCUUGGUGAAUCAGUCAUUAAACGGGUUCACAAAUCAAAAACUUUAGGCGUAAUUAUUGAUGAACAUCUUUUAUGGAAUCAUCAAAUCCAAAAUAUUGUCACAAAAGCUUCAAAAGGAAUAGGAAUGAUGGGACGAAUAAAACA